AUGGGCCUGGGCUUCUUCAAGAAUGAUGCAAAUUCAAAUCUCUACUUCAAGGUAAUUGAUGGCGAGGCUUUAAUAUUUGUUCUUUGUGUUGAUGACUUAUUUAUUACUAGAGAAGAUCAUCUCAUUGACAAAUGUAAGAAGGAGUUAGCUUCUGAGUUUGAGAUGAAGGAUCUAGGUCUUAUGCAUCACUUUCUAGGAUUGGAGGUAUGGAAAAGGCCCAAUGAAAUUAUUCUAAGUCAAGGGAAAUACACCAUUGAUAUCUUAAAGAGAUUUGGGAUGAAGGACUGCAAAUCCAUGUCUACACCUAUGGAAACAAAUUUGAAGAAGUUGAGUGAGUCUGUAACUAGUUCAGAUUUAGUAGAUCCUACCAUGCACAGACACUUGAUUGAAAGAGAUAAUCUGGUUGUUGUUGGGUCUGCCAUGAUUUCUUGGUGCAACAGGAAGCAGACUUCUGUAGCACUUAGUACUGCAGAGGCUGAGUACAUUGCAACAUGUGUAGCAACUAGAGAAGUAGUGUGGCUUUGA